GCAACAUGACCUCUGUAACGUGGGGACUGCUCUGCCUCGGUGGCAUCCUGGCAGCGACUUCCCCGCAGUUCGGAUCCCGGAACCCGCAGAUUCAAACGACCCGUCCGUUAAUCCCGCCGGUCCGUCCGCGCUCUGAAGAGGUCCGAUCCAGCGAGCCGGGUGGCUCCACGGCCCGAGGCCCCCAGCAGGGCGCCGGACAAGGGGCCCGCAUCCACCCGGCGCAGGAGAGCCGGAGGGCCGCGGAGGCCAACGGCGGAGCAAUAAGAUCCAACUGCAGAAACCGUCCCAUAGACCUGGUCUUCAUCAUAGACAGCUCUCGCAGUGUGCGCCCUGGUGAGUUUGAAAAGGCCAAAGAGUUCCUGCAAGACAUGGUGGAAAGUCUGGAGAUCGGCCGAAGCGCCACGCAGGUCGGCCUCGUCAAUUACGCCAGCACCGUGCACAUCGAGUUCCUGCUGAAGACCUAUUCCGCCAAGUCGGCCCUGAAGCAGGCGCUGGCCCGCGUCGAGCCCCUCGCCUCGGGCACCAUGACAGGCACGGCCAUCAAGACUGCCAUGGAGAAAGCCUUCACGGCGGAGGGGGGGGCCCGACCCAGCUCCCAAAACAUUGCCAAAGUAGCCAUCAUAGUGACUGAUGGGAGGCCCCAGGACAAGGUGGAGGAAGUGUCAGCUGCGGCCAGGGCAUCUGGGAUUGAGAUCUACGCGGUGGGCGUGGGCAGGGCCGACAUGGCGUCCCUCCGCCUCAUGGCCAGCCUCCCGCACGACGACCACGUCUUUUAUGUGGAGACCUAUGGUGUCAUUGAGAAGCUCACUUCCAAAUUUAGGGAGACCUUGUGUGGUAAGGAUGAUGAUAACGGGAGUGCGGAUAUUCCAUUAAUUGGCGGAGUUGACGGUGGAGGAAUAAAUCAUGGCAAUGACGAUAAAGGAAACAACGGUUUGGAUCCAUGUGAUCAGGGACACAAUUGUCAACACAUUUGUGUCAACAAUGACUACUCGUACGACUGCAGGUGUCGCAAGGGCUAUGUCUUGAAUCCGGACAAGAGAACAUGCUCCCUUUCAGAUACAUGUGCCCGAGCACACGACUGCCAACACAUCUGUGUCAACACGGAGGACUCUUACAUCUGCAAAUGUCGCAAGGGAUAUGUGUUGAAUGCAGACCAGAAAACAUGCUCACGCUCUGAUCUAUGUGCCCGUGGACAUGAUUGCCAGCACAUUUGUGAGGAGAACAAUGACUCUUACAUCUGCAAGUGCCGAGAGGGGUACAGGUUGAAUGCCGACCAAAAAACGUGCUCACGUCCCGAUGCUUGUGCCCAAGGACACGACUGCCAGCACAUUUGCGUCACAAAUGGAAACUCUUAUAUCUGUAGGUGUGGCGUAGGAUACGUGUUGAACGUGGAUCAGAAGACCUGCUCGCGUCCGAUCACAUGUGCUCAGGGACAUGACUGCCAGCAGAUUUGUAUCAACAACGGUGACUCAUUCAACUGCAAGUGUCAAGUGGGCUAUGUGUUGAAUGCAGACCAGAAAACAUGUUCACAGGAAUUGAGAAGUGAAAUAACUCAAGAUGCCUGCAUGUGUGAAGCCCAGAUUGUGUUCCAGAAAAAGGUGCAGUACGCCAUUGAGGAGCUGGGCAGAAAACUUGAUGACCUUUCAGACAAAGUGAGCCUUAUUGAUCAACAGCACAAUUAAGGACAGCAAUGAAGACUUGCAUCUUUUGACACGGUUACAUCUGUACCCUCAAAAAAGAUUUGGUAUGGCGUGGUAUUGAUCUCUCAUGCAGUGUACUUAUUUCAUCCCCAACACCAUAUGUUACUGCUUUUUUCCAUGAAAUCGGAUCAAACUGAAGCUAUUGAUUACAUACUGCACCUGUAUAUUUGUAAGGAAAGAUCCAUUUCUACCUUGAUUAUGGACACAAAAUACGUAAUAUAGUUAGGGAAUUUAUAGAAUGGACUCUAAACAGGUCAAAAGCAAACUUUCAGCAAAAUUGAGGUUUUUUGUAGGAAACAGAUCGAUGUUUAGUUUUCACAGAUGUAGGAGUAUUUCUUGGUCAGUGUUGUUUGUCGAACACAAUACCUCCAUCCAUAAGCAUAACACAACAACUAAUCUCUUCUACAACCAGAGCAUUGUUGUCACUCCGAUCUAAUUGGCAUAUAACUUUGUUACAUCACAGUGAAUUACUGUAAUCCCGUUCUUUGACACCUUAAAUAUUUCUAUAUUGUGCUGAACACUUGUUGUUUUCUUAGUAGAAGACACGUACAAUGGUUUAAGUGGGAGAGGGAAAAUAAUGUAUUUAUUGGAUAGUAUCAAUACGUUGCACACUUGCAAGUGUUGUACCAAACGAUCCGGUAGCAGUCACAACAUUGAAAUGCAUGUUUUCAAGAUUUGAAUUCUGAGAUGUUAAGUCAAGAUCCACCAAGUUCAUGGAUUCAGUUGAAGCAGCAACAUUUUACCGGACAGUAUACAUCAUACAACGCAGACUCUAUUUUCUACUAUUUUAUAACACAUGUGAAACCGAUUGAAAAGAGUAUUUGUGGUGCAGCAAUCUUUGUCUCUCUGUAUAUUUUCUGUUGGGGCAAAUGGAAAAUAAAU